AUGGAUGUCAUACGAUCGGUGCUGUCUUCGCGACAAGACAACGUGGAACCUUCUCAGUUGAAACAGGAUGAUGAGGCCGAUAACGGACCACUGAAGGAAAACACCCAGAACAGGCCUGAUGAAGCUCCAAGAAACGAUCAAGGAGAGGAGGGACCAACAUACGAGGAACCAGGGUAUUUUCCGAAUAAAUUCAGUUUUCAUUUCGGCGAGGCCGAAGAUAAUGGCUUGCGAGAAAGCAGGAGGUCUUCUCAAUCACUGCCAAGCUCACCAGACCAGCAACACAAUGGUCACGAGCUUGCCAACGGCGACGACUCAAAUUCAACACCACAUCCGCGGCCACUUUCUUCGCAUUUUGACCCGAAAAACCCAGAAACCAAUGACGAUUCAUUCUCACAAAGUCGCCCGCGCCCUUCUAUCCACAGUGUCCAUUCCAAAAAGUAUGUGAAAACCACACAGUCACAUCCCGGAAACGACCCAGAGAGAAAUUUCAAGAGGUUGAGUUUGAAUCCUGAUUUCAACUUUAGGAAGUUGAUGAGGCGAAAGCCCAAGACUGUGGUACAUUCAGCAUUGGAAAUGGGUCCGGAUGAAGAUGGAGUGACAGAUAUAGCAGCCAUGCACAGAGCUCAGGAAUUGAUAUCAGCACUGAUUUCUGGAUCCACAACUGCACUAUUUACAGCUACAAUGUUCUUGAAGGAUGACAGAGCAGUGAGAAGAGCUCCUCUUCUCUUACAAAUGUUGGGAUUCAGAUUGACAGAUGUCACAAAAGACGACUGGACCAAAAACAGGAUCUACAGAAUAGACCUGGAGUACGGAGUCGGCCCAAGAAGACUAAAAUGGACUAUCCACAAGACCUCCAAGAACAUCUUCAAGCUCAACCAAAACAUAAAGUACAACAUUGGUAUCUACAGAGCAGGUAAUCUGAGGGCGGUGAGAGACAACGACUUGCCGAGGUUCCCCAGGUUCCCCGUUGAUCUCAGGCUGUACAACCGUGAUCACAGACACAGCAUGGCACCAAAUCAAUCGAGUGCUGAUGCCAUUCGUAGAUCCACAACUGAAAACUUUGACGAUGCUGGAAGUGUCUAUUCAGACCUAUCUUCUCAGUUUAGUCACCUUGUGCACAGAGUGAGACAUCAUCACAGCGGGGCAAACAAUUCUGUGCUCCCGACCGUUCAAGAAGUUCAUGAGCAGUACCGAAUUUUGAUUGAAAGAUACCUGAGGGAUCUCUUUCAGGCAAUGACUUUGAAGCCGUAUUGCAAUAAGGUGUUCCGUUUUUUGCAACUUUCUCCCAUUGGUGUCUUGCUUUCCACGGAAAACGAUUUCAACGGAAAGCAAGGAUAUCUUACGAUUUUGACAAAAUCUAAAGCACAAGGCUGGAACGUUGGCCACUGGAAGCCAAUGGAGCUGAAGGCCAUGGUGGUGAGACAUACACCGAAGUGGGUGGUGGUUCGACUUGGGUAUAUUAUCUAUGUUUCCGAAAUCCACUCUACAACGCCUCUCGAGGUAUUUUUGGUCGAUUCCUCUUUCAAAAUUCAUUCUCAUUCGGAUUUUGAUAAACCGCUCGAGGAAAUGGAGAGCGAUGAUGAUGAAGACUACGACACCAAAGAUACAAAGAGGCCAUGGGUGACUAUGACUCUCUCGAAUGGAGAACGUUCUCUGCAAGUGGGAACUCGUAAUGAGACUCAGUUGAGACAGUGGUACCGUUCUAUUGAGACGAUGCGUGAGAAAUGCAUCUGGUCUCAGCCUCAUCGUUUUAGCAGUUUUGCCCCAGUGAGGGACAAAUGCUUUGCACAAUGGUUUGUUGAUGCUCGUGACUAUUUCUGGGCCGCAAGCAGUGCCAUGGAGAUGGCCAAAGAUGUCAUAUACAUACAUGAUUGGUGGUUAUCUCCCGAGUUAUACCUCAGACGGCCACCCAAUGGGAACCAACAAUGGAGAAUCGAUCGGAUAUUGAAGCGGAAGGCAGAAGAGGGUGUGAAGAUCUUUGUCAUUGUUUACCGGAAUGUUGGAAACACUGUUGUCACAGACUCCAUGUGGACUAAGCACUCAUUGUUGAACCUUCACCCAAACAUCCAUGUCUUGCGUUCUCCUAAUCAGUUCAUUCAAAACAUUUACUUCUGGGCUCAUCACGAGAAGCUCUUGGUUAUCGACCACAACAUUUGCUUCAUGGGUGGCAUUGAUCUCUGCUAUGGUAGAUACGAUACCCCAGAUCAUGUACUUACAGACGACCGCGAGGGAGCUUUCGAGAAUGGCCAAAAUUCUGAUCAGGAGGAGGGCGUGAAGACUCAGAUAUUCCCCGGAAAAGAUUAUUCUAAUCCAAGAGUAAAGGACUUUUGGGAGCUAGACAAACCAUUUGAAGAUAUGUACGACAGAAACACAGUUCCGCGGAUGCCAUGGCACGACGUUCAUAUGAUGUCUUGCGGUCAGGUCGCAAGAGACUUAUCAAGACAUUUUGUACAGCGUUGGAAUUAUCUUCUGAGGACAAAGAGACCGUCUAGACCAACCCCUCUUCUGUUACCCCCUCCUGAGAUUACUGAGGAAGAAAUCAAAAAUCUGGGGUUUGAAGGAACCUGUGAGAUUCAACUGUUGAGAUCGUCUUGUAAUUGGUCGCUUGGAUUGAAGGACCAUGAGCAGAGUAUACAAAAUGCAUAUUUAAAGCUGAUUGAGACCAGUGAGCAUUUCGUUUACAUCGAAAAUCAGUUUUUCAUCACUUCUGCGGCCUGGGACAAUAUUGUCAUAAAGAACAGAAUAGGUGAUGCGUUGGUAGACAGAAUCCACAGGGCUUAUCUUGAAGGCAAGCCAUGGAAGGCGGUCAUUGUUAUUCCUCUGAUGCCUGGAUUUGAAGCAGAAGUUGAUACCAGAGAAGGUUCUUCCGUUCGUGUGAUCAUGCACUGUCAAUACAUGUCUAUUUCGCAGGGCCAGACUUCUAUUUUUGCAAAGCUGGAGAAAUUGGGGAUUAGGCCACUGGAGUAUAUUCAAUUCUACUCACUGCGGAAAUGGGGUCGUAUUGGAAAAGAUCGCAACUUAGUAACUGAACAGUUGUAUGUCCAUGCAAAAACCAUGAUUGUGGAUGAUCGUGUGGCCAUAAUUGGAUCUGCCAACAUUAAUGAAAGAUCGAUGCGUGGAAGCAGAGACUCCGAAGUUGCGGCGGUAGUGAGAGACAAGGCCAUGGUGGAAACCACAAUGAAUGGUGAGCCAUAUCUUGCGGCAAAGUUCGCACACUCCUUGAGGAUGAGGCUUAUGCGCGAGCAUUUGGGAAUAGACGUGGAUAUGCUUGAUCUAGUCGAGAGGAAGUUUUCCAAGAUGGAGGAGUUUGCAAAGACUGAGAGCGGUUUGAAGGCGGCAACGGGAGACUUCGAUUCCACCUUCAGCUCUGAAUUAUCUGCAAUGGUUGAGCUUGCUGCCAGACACGUGCUUGGUUUCACGAACGGGACUGAGCGCUGGACCAAGUUCAUUUCAUCCAAAAACCUUAAAGUCAGCGGCAAGCAAAUGGAAGAUGAUUUCAAGAGGUUCUGUGAUCAAGAAUUCGAGGAUGUGGAGGCUGAAGAAGACGACCUUCCUGCAUUUCCUCUAUAUACAUCCUUCAACAACCGAGCUGGCUUUGAAAAUGUUGGCAUAAGAGAAAAGAAACCAUUCUCCACCGACAGCCGUAUCGCCGACCAUCAAGAUGAGCAUAAUCAGAAGGUGGAUGGCGAUGGUGAUGAUAAUUUCAAGGGCAAAUCGUACGAGGCUUCUAAAAAGAACAUUUCGAGGCUUUUGCUGAAAUGGGCAAGCGAAGCGGAGCUGGAUGAAAACAGAAUUCCAUACAUUCCUUGCACUCAGCAGCUUUUAGAGGUUUUGGAAACAGAUGAACCUGGUCGCAGCAUAGACUCUCAAAACAAAGAGAGAUGGGAUAUGUUGAGAAGAAUUUCAUACCUUCAGGCAACAGCUGCUAGGGAGAAACGAGAUGCGGAAAUUGAGUGCAACCUGGCUCGGUCUCACAAGAACAGAUCCAGUGAUGGGACUACUUCAGAUCAUGUUAGGGUAACCCACUCUCCGGACAUGAUAGGGACUCCACCACCUGAAAAUAAUAGCUCUACUCCAGCAGCCGAAUCGAACCCGUCUGCGUCGUUCUAUUCUGUUGUCUCGCUGAGUGACUCUAUGAUCAAGGACUUGAUGACGAACGCAUUGCCAAGAGCUCAGCCUGUAAUUGAUCCGUAUGCAUUUGAAGAUCCCCUGGAUGUUGACUUUUACGAAGGGACAUGGUUGCCUCAAGCCAUGAGAAACACGAUGAUUUAUCGUAUGGUUUUCCACUCCCAACCCGACGACAAUGUUGUCACCUGGAAUCAAUACAAAGAGUUUGGACGAUUACAGAUGGCUUUUUGCGAAGCUCAAGUGGCUAAGAAUUUGCACACUUCUGAAGAAGCUGCAGAUGGAUCAGCAGCUACCAAUAGGAAGCAGGAGGCAUAUUCGAACCCGGCCUCAAGUGAUACCGUGAAAUCUGACGGCCACUCAGAGGUUGACCCAAGGGCAAGGCUGAGACGUGAAAAGGUGGCAGCUCUCGAAAUGUUCAACAAAUCACCGCACGAGACUUCAGGUACAAUUUACGAUAAGGAGACUGCAGAGAAGCUACUGGGUAAUAUCAGAGGGCAUCUGGUGCAAUUCCCCCUAAAUUGGUUAUCGAGGGAGAUGGACUCUCAGAAUUGGUUCUACAAGACCGACACGCUUCCACCUAUUGAGAUCUACAAUUAA